CUGAAACAACAAAUAUUGAUAUAGACCCAAAAAAUUGGCCAAGAAGAAAAAAACGGUUGAUUUUAUUUAUGAUUGCCUUUGCUGGAAUGAUUGCCCCAAUGUCAAGCACAAUAAUUUAUCCGGCAGUUGCUAAAAUAGAAAAUGAUUUAAAUACUAGCGAAGUACUUGCCAACGGAAUGAUCGGAAUUUUUAUUUUCUUUAUGGGAUUAGCGCCAUUGGCCUGGGCAUCCUACUCUGAUGCAUUCGAAACGAGACGUAAUAUUUACUUGGUCUCGUUUAUUUUGUAUAUUGUUGGAACUGUUAUGUGUGCCAUUUCAAAAAAUAUUUGGUUAUUGCUAACAAUGCGUGCAAUACAAGCUUGUGGUGCUUCUUCAGUUCAAAGCAUAGGAGCUGGUUCAAUAAGUGACAUUUUUCACGUAUUUGAACGAGGACGCGCGUAUGGAAUCUUUUACGUUGGACCGUUAAUCGGACCAGUUAUCGGGCCCGUGAUUGGAGGUUAUUUAGCGGAAACUUUCGGAUGGAGAUGGAUCUUUUGGUUCCUUACAGUGAUUGGAGGUGUAAUAACCGUUUUGAUUUUCUUUUUUCUUCCCGAAACAUUUGCACGUCAACCACAAUCGCAAAAUCUUCCAACCCCUACAACUUCCACUCUACCACGCCGAAAAAAAUUUAAUCCAAUAUCACCAUUAAUUUUACUUAAAUAUCCUAAUAUGUACCUUAUAAUUAUAAGUGUAAGUAUUGUUUUUGGAAUAGUUUAUUUACUAAAUACAUUGAUACCAAGAACAUUUUCAAAACAAUAUAAUCUUUCAACAUUAUACAUUGGAUUAGUAUUUCUUGCACCAGGUGGGGGAUAUAUGAUUGGAAGUUUAUUAGGAGGGAAAUGGUCGGAUUUUGUUUUAGCUAAGGCUAAAAGAAAAAAUAAUAAUAUCUCUUAUCCUGAAAUGAGAAUUCAUAGCGUUUGGUUUGGUGCUUUUUUACUUACACUUUCUUAUACAACUUACGGGUGGUUUGUUCAAGCUAAUUUACAUAUCGCUUUCCCUAUUAUCUCUCUUUUUGUUGGAGGAAUUAGCGUUCUUAUUAUAUUUAAUUCAACUGCUACAUAUUUAGUUGAUGCAUUUCCAGGUAAAAGUGCAUCCGCAAUUGCAGUAAAUAAUUGUGUUAGGUCAUUUGCAGCUGCAAUAAUGUCUUUUGUUGCUGUACCGUUCGAAAAUGCUGUUGGUAAUGGUUGGGCCUUUACCAUUAUGGUUGGUAUUAAUAUUAUUGGUAUAUGUUGUCUAAUUGCUGUAUGUUAUAAAGGCAAAUCCUGGAGGGAGAAAAUUCAAUCUGAAAGCACAGAUUUAUCAUCAUAA